AGCUCAAUAGGGUUUAAGAAGGGCACCGGCACUGUACCCCGCCAGCACCACCAAGCACAUUCAACUUCUUCAUCCUCCCCUCCGGCGAUUCCUCCGCCGUACGCCGUCGCCUCCGAUCCUCGCGACCGCCGGCGGCGUUCGAAUUCCUUCCCCCGAGAGCGCCCCUCCGAGCUCAGAUGUGCACGAAGAGGGCGGCGGCGGCUCUGGCGGUCGACUGCCUCGCUUCUCUUCCCAAGGUACGCUCUUCGCGAACCUCCUCCUCCUCGGGUUCCAUUUGGGCGCUGAACCCGUCGAGGCUCAUCGGCUCCGCCGCCGAAAGUUACGAUCUUGGCGUGCCCAAUGGCUCCAACGGCGAGCACAUGCCCGAGCUUGAGCAGAGCCCCGAUGGGGUUCGCGAGAAGAGCAGGGAUUUUGCUGAUACUGCUCGGGGGAGCUUAAACCCUAAUGGGGUUUACGGGUCGGUCGUGCAAAGUAGGAACUUUAACGAGCAUGGUAGGCCGUAUUAUGGCGACUCUCAGGCGACGAACUGGAAUGGCGGGAUGUAUAGGGAGAGUUAUGGAGGUGAAUAUGGGAAUCGGCCGGUCGUGGAGAAUAUGAACACCGGCAAUUACGGCGAUGGCUCGGGCGGUUGGGCGCAGAAACCGAGCGAUUUUGGGCGGAAUCGGAGUCCGAAUGCGGGUUAUCAUCCGAGUCAGUAUGGAGGACAGUCUCCACAAAAUGUGAAUGUGCACAGCUCUUCAGGUAGUGUGCAGGGGUUUGAGCGGAAUCCGAAUAUGGCUUAUGGUCAGCGGGGGAAUGCGUCUACCGUCGGAGCUUAUUCUUAUGGAGAAGGAUACGGGCAAGUGAGGCCUAACGCGAGUGGAUAUUAUUCCCAGAGCCCUUCGAGUACACAAAUGAUGGGGCAACAUCAGGAAAAUUUUGGCUAUAAUAUGGGGAUGGGUGGCAGCUUUCGAAAUGGUCAACAAACUGCGUCCUCCCAGAAUCCCGGUCCGGGACAGUACCCUCAAAACUUUUCUUUGGGACAGCAUCGGGUGAACUCGAAUGAUAGUAAUGAUUCGAUGGCCGCGUCUCAGAUGCCUGGCGAUUCCGGGCCUGGACAAGCAUUGGAUGGAGCUUCUGAAGGUCCGUCUUACAUUGGUUCCCUCGAAGAGUUUGAUGGUUUCUGCAGAGAGGGAAAAGUGAAGGAAGCUGUGGAAGUUUUGAAGUUGUUGGUUAGUAAGUGUGUUGCUGUUGAUAUACCUCGUUAUGUACAACUGAUGCACCAGUGUGGUGAAAAUAAAGCUCUAGAAGAAGCAAAAGCAGUUCACGAACAUGUCAUGAGAUCAAUGGCCCCUCUCAAUGUCUUCACCUAUAACCGGAUCUUGGAAAUGUAUGGCCGAUGUGGUUCCAUGGACGAUGCGUUUACGGUUUUUGACAAAAUGUCUGAGCGUAAUUUGUCAACGUGGGACAUCAUGAUCACAUGGCUUGCAAAGAAUGGCCUUGGAGAGGAUGCCAUUGACCUGUUCACUCAAUUCAAAGAAGCAGGGCUUAAACCUGACGGACAAAUGUUCAUUGCUGUGUUCUCUGCUUGUGCCGCAGUGGGUGAUAUUCAUGAGGGGAUGUUGCAUCUUGAAUCAAUGAGCAGGGAUUAUGGCAUUGUCCCAUCUAUGGAGCACUAUGUGAGCGUGGUAGACAUGCUGGGAAGAACAGGGCAUCUGGAUGAGGCGAUGGAGUUUGUAGAGAAAAUGCCGUUGGAGCCUAGUGUAGGAAUCUGGGAGACCUUGAUGAAUCUUUGUAGAAUUCAUGGGCACACAGAACUCGGGGAUCGCUGCGCUGAGCUUGUUGAGCAGUUGGAUCCGUCACGCUUGAAUGAACAGUCAAGGUCAGGUCUUGUACCAGUGGCAGCUUCUGAUAUUGCUAAGGAGGAAGAGAAGAAAAAACUUGCUAAGAAAAAUAUCUUAGAGGCGAGGAGCACUGUCCAUGAAUAUCGAGCAGGUGAUACUUCUCAUCCCGAGACGCAAAGAAUCUACGCUCAGCUAAGGGGAUUAAGGGGACUUAUGAAAGAGGCUGGUUAUGUUCCGGAGACUAGAUUUGUCUUGCAUGACAUUGACCAGGAAAGCAAGGAGGACGCCCUUCUAGCACACAGCGAGAGACUUGCAGUUUCUUAUGGUCUACUCAGUAGUCCAGCCAGAUCAUCUAUUCGGGUCAUUAAGAAUCUCCGUGUUUGUGGGGAUUGCCACAACGCGCUGAAGAUUAUGUCGAAGUUAGUGGGCAGAGAGUUUAUCAUGCGCGAUGCCAAGAGGUUUCACCACAUUAAAGACGGCGUAUGCUCUUGCCGGGAUUACUGGUAAAGUGAUGUAAGUCUAGAAACGUUACUAGCUAGUGGCCUUUGGAGCCAUGAUAAGUUAUCUCAACUGAUUCUUUUGUGACAAUAUACACAACUAUUGUUGGCUCAGAAAGUUCAGUUCUUCCUUUUUCUUUUGGGCUGGACCUCAGAAAGUUCAGUUCAUUGGGCAUUUUACUGUCACUUGUCCAUUGAUCUCGUAACUCACUGCUGUAUCAAUUGACCUACGAGAUAUGAAAUGAAGAUGAUCGUGUUUAUCUUA